AUGUUUAUACUCUGUAGUCAUCUAAAAACACUUUGUUUAUCUAUACAAGCUUUGUUGUUGUUUGUACUACAGCAUAUCCCAUAAAGUUACUAUAUGGGGAGAUUUUGCCACAGCCGUCAGCUCCGAUUAUUACAAGCCUGAUCUUGAACAGCCUGUGAUUUGUAUCAUGACUAACACAAAGAUUGGCGUGUUCAUGGAUCAUGUUCAGGUUGGUACUUUGCCCUCGACGAGGGUUUUUUUUAAUCUUGAUGUGGAGCCGGUUAUUGAAUUUAGGAAUCGUCUAAUUGAGAUAGGUUAUAAAUCCCCUGGAGGAUCUGCCGACGUUGCUAUGAACUCUGCCCCAGUUCUCGAGCACGUGUCAUUUGCCAGCCUAAUUGCUAAUUCUGAGUCUAUGGUCGCAAAGAAAGCUGUGUUGUCAACAUUCACGGUUUCUAGAAUUGAAGAGGAAGACGAUUUCUGGUUCCAUAGCUGCACGGCAUGCCAAGCUGAAGUACUAAGAACUGAAAGAAAGUUUAAGUGUGAGACGUGUAACCGCAGCUUUCCAUAUGCCGAUAAGAGAUUUAGGAUUCUGGUCCUAGCCGAUGAUAAGACCCAUGCCUGUAAUGUGUUAUUGAUGGAUCGUAUUGUAAAACAAAUUCUCGGGACAACUGUGACUAACAUGCUGAAUGAAAUGAAAAAGGCACCAGCCACCAGUUCAGUAUCUGAGAUGUAUAAGAAGAUUAUCGGUAAAGAGAUUUCUGCAAAGAUCAUUCUUACCGAAGGGAACAAAAACGGUGAUAGUAACAUCUACGAGGCUGUGGAACUUUUCGAUAAAACAGUGAAUGAUUCUUCAUCUGGUGAUAAAUCGCCGGAGACCAAUCCAAAUACAUUCUCAAGCUCAGGGAUUGUCCAAGGAAUUGAAUUGUUCCAUACUCCUGGGUCGGCUGGAUCUGUUUCAAAGAAGAUAAAGACGGAAGAUGAUAUAGUGCAUAUCGGAUAGUUCGCUGUCAACUAUCGAAGGUCACCAGCGCAAUCCGGAUUUCUGUUUCUUUCCUGUCUUUGAAUAAGUUAGAUGAAGUACAUGCGUACUGUUAUUGUGUUGGUAUUGGAACUAUUUUCGUAAUGAUCUUUAAGUAUUAUUGAGCAACAUUUCAGUUUUCCAUCGAUGUAAUGCUUUACUCGACCAUUUGUCGCACAUUUUUUUCAUUUCUUAUUGCGUGUUUUUGCUGGUGACCAUAAUAUAUAUUUUUUUUGUCA